UCUAUCACGCCGGAAGAGAAGAAGGUUCUUUCCCCAGCCAUCUUGUGGCAACAUCUAGCGAAGUGUUCGCACCAAGCCUCGUAGAAUCGGAGGAAAAUCCUGCUGAAGGGGCGCCAUCAUGCCCGGACAUAUGCAAGAAGGUUUCGGCUGCGCCAUAGCCAACCGAUUCGACCAACUAUUUGACGACGAGUCGGACCCGUUCGAGCUGUUGAAGGAGGCGGAGAACAAGAAGAAGGAGGCUCCUGUCCCUGGUGCCGCCAAGACCGCGGCUCAAGCCGCCAAGCUCCAGAAAAAGGAGUCCCAGAAAGACAGAAAGGUCGUCCCUGCAGAUAAGAAAGAUGAGCCUCUGGCACCCGUGACUCUGAAGAAAGAUGGACCUGGUCCCAGGAGGAUGGGUCCCAGGCGUGAGGGUCAGGGCCCAGCUGGGGGUCCACCCCGUGAGGGCCAGGGCGAGGGCCGCCCCCCUACAGACAGACCCCCCCGGACAGACAGGCGGCCACCACGCCGUUUCGAGAGGCCCCCCGGCGGAGAAGAUAAGCCAGCCGAGGGAGGAGAGUUCUCUGUGGAGAAGCCCAUUGGUGAUAGGCCGAUGAGAGGACGUGGUGGUGGCCGAGGUGGUGUCCGUGGCGGCAGGGGCCGGGGCAUGGGCAGGAGCGACGGCUUCGACGCCCGAGGAAAGCGUGAAUUCGACAGACACAGUGGCAGUGAUCGGUCCAGCCAGAAAGGUGAGGAGAAACGUGGAGGAAGUGGAUCUCACAACUGGGGCACCGUCAAGGAUGAGAUGGGCGAGCACGACCAAUCGAACGUGACCGAGGAGACCCCCGAGGGAGAGGAGCCUCGGCCCGCUGACUCUGAGAACAAGGAGAACGAGGUUGGUGAACCUAAGGAAGUGGAACCCAAGGAGAUGACUCUGGAUGAAUGGAAGGCCCAGCAGGACAAGGAGAAAACCAAGGUGGAGUUCAACAUCCGCAAGGCCAACGAGGGAGCCGACAGCCUGUGGAAGAAAGGAUACGUGCUGCACAAGUCCAAGGACGAGAAGAAAGCUGAUGCUCUUAUUGAAGCUGCGGUGGAGGCUGAGGCCGUUGCUCCUAAGGCAGAGGACGAUCACCACUUCCGGAAGCCGGCCAAUGACAUCACAGCCCAACUGGAGAUAAACUUUGGGGACCUUGGUCGUCCAAGCCGUGGUCGUGGUGGGCCCCGUGGCGGCAGGGGGGGCCGUGGGCGCGGAGAGGGCAGAGGAGAGUUCCGUGGAGAGUUCCGUGAGCGUGAGCCCAGAGAGCCCCGCGAGCGUGAUGGUGGAGCCCCCACCAGGCCGACUCGCGGAGGACGCACUGACAGGCCAAGUGGGGUGAUUGUGCCCAACGUGGAUGAUCCAGAGGCCUUCCCGGCCCUGGCCUAAGAUGGAGCGGCUGCCCCAUAGGCCCCCAGGCAGACCCCUAGGCCCCUCUACGAGGCUUGCAUGUUUCUGGAUCCUUGAGCAAAAAUGAUAUGAUGGAGAUGACUGUCAUCGCCCAUGACACUUGCAUCUGAGGACUGAAUUUUACCAGUUUUGGAAAAACAGAAAAAAAACAGGAAAAAUAAAAAAAACUAAGAAAAAAGAAAAGGACUUGUUGCUACUUCCGGAGGUUUUGUACUUAGAAACAAGGUAGCAGGGACGUUUUCAUACGGUAUUUUUUUCAGAGAUUAUGCGUUCUUCGUGAAUACUUUUUUGUAUUGCUGCUUGAAAAUAUGCAUUUCCAAAUAUAAGGUAUGAGAAGAGUUAUUCUUUGAGCUUGUGGUGGCCCAUAGCUUGCUAGGCUGUGCAGGGAUGGAACCCAACCCAACUAGCUCUUACCAUACUGGGUAUUUCUGAAGAGGUUACUGCAUCAUCACUCAGUGAGAUUUUGACUGCUUUAGUUCUGGGGUUUUGUGAAUUAUAUAAUUUUUUAAGUAAGGCCUAGACCUCUGAUGUAGGCCUGUAAAAGUAAACUAUUUUCAUGGUAAGAGAUCUUCGAGUGAGAUUGUAUUAUUUCUGAUGGUGCAGAUAGGGACAUUCGUUGAUCUAGUGAUUGUACCUACACUCAACAAAUUGUUAAAAUGGAGCCUAAAUCACUUCUGUAUUAAAAGGUAUUUUGUAUAGAAAAGAGCUUCCAAAUGACUCAAUAGAUCACUUGCACGGGGAAGGAAUACUUCAAUUAUUUAAAAUGUAUCACCUGACAUCUUUGGCUCGUGUGGCUCUAAAGGUGAACAUCUCCCACUGUACUGUUUCAUUUACACACUCUUGGGCUGUGUCUCAAUGGUGUACAGUGGCUUCCUCUCCUUGUUUCCUCUAUACUGCACUUAGCUGGAAACACAGUUGACAUUUAGUUCAGGUCCGAGGAAAGGAGAGGAAGCCAAUUUUAGACUAUUGAGCUGCAGCCUUGGUCCUUUGGAAGCCCUCAGACCUUCUCGCACUGUUUAAACACUCCACUCCAGGGCAGUGUUCAGCAGGGCACCGCGUCACGCAAAGUUCAAAUAGAAAUAUACUUAAUAUAGAACAGAUGUGCUCCUCUGAAAUGUAGAGGAAGUCAUGUCUGCUCUGCUCAUGGCAUCGAUCUUCAACGCUCUGUACAUCGUACCCUGCUGAACAGGGCCCAGUAUACUGAUACCAUUGUGAACCUGCUCCUGCAGUAUUUCCUGUGGUGGUUGAAUAUCCUCCAUUUUGAUUUUACCUUUGGUUCCCUACUGCGGCACUACUGCGUAAUUGCUCUGAAAUAAAUACAGUUAUGUGUGGAUCAGCAAAGUGCUCUAUAGAUGUGUGAACUCUAACCCUGCUAUUAUAGACCUCUGUCGGUAAAUAAAGGUUGAUUCAUUUUUG